AUGGAAGGCUUUUACGGCAGCAACAGCUCAAAAGUUCCAAAAAUCAAGCCAUUGAAAGAGAAUGUCUCACCACUCAAUCCACAGAACUUCAUUGGAAGAAGCCGUUAUCACCAUCAUCCACCGAAGAGCCCCGUUUUCGAUUCAUACGCAUCUUCUGAUAGUACUAAUUCUCCAAAUUCGGGCUCUCCACUAAUAAAAUACCUAAGAUCAGCUUCACUGUCGAUUGCCGCCGGAGACGACUCUUACAAAUCUCUGGCCGUUGAUUCCCCCGAGUGUCACUUCAAUAGCAGCAAGAGUAACAGUAAUGGUGGAUUUGGAUCAAGAGGAUUGACACCCGUGUCUGUGUUAUCGGCGGUGGAGAACUUGGAGACUCGUCCGGCGAGGUCGGCCGCGUUGUUUAAGACGCCGAUGAAGAUCGAGGAGGAUGUGUUGGUUAUGGAUGGUAUUUUGGUCAGUUCAGUACCUUGUGCGAAAACGAGGACAUCGUCGUCUUUGUCAGAUUCAAAUUCGAGGAGAAGGUCAUCACUGUCGUCAUUAGAUUCUGGUGGAACGUCGUCAUCUCGGAAUAAUAGUAGCUAUUACAAGACAGAGACUUGUUGGUUCUGGGAGGAUUCUGGAUGUUGUGGGCUUGGUUCCAAAUGCCAGUUUGCACAUGGAAAGGAAGACCUGCGUCCAACCCGUUUGCCCAACAACAACAAAAGCGAGGCACAAAUAUGCAAGUCAUACAGUUCAGGAUUGUGCAAUUAUGGUGCAAAAUGCCGUUUUGUUCAUCAUCAGGUCACAAAUGCAGCAUCACCAACAAUACCAACAGCUGCUACCAUGGACUUGGCACCAAACCAAACAGUCUCACCCAUCAAACUUGAAGAUACAACCGGCAGUGGCAGCAGCGGGAACAUCGUCUCCAAAAGCACUGACUGGUCUCCCCAGGAUGAUGGCAUUAAGGUUGCCCUACCUUCGUGUGCUUCACCUGGCAAAACUCCAUCAAAGGAAGACGUUGAUGCCCAUAUACAGAGUGUUCUCUAUGGUCCCAGUAACAAGAAGAGACUGCCUGUGUUUGCUGAAAUUUGCCCCGAGUAG